AACACAGACACAGCAGGCCGUGUUUGGUUUGCUGGUUCACACGGCGACCGUUCGGUUCUCUGCUGCUGCUGCUCAGCACUCAGUCAGUCAGUAGUUCGCGGCAGUUUGUGGCGGUUGUGUGUGCGCGGCGUGGUUUUCGUUACAUCUCUCCCCCGGCUUGUACAUUAUUGCUCAUCUUGACAUUUAAUUGAUCUAUUUUUAAUAUUGGGUGAAUUCAACGCGGUGCUCGCGGGCGUACACGCUACUAGAGAACACUUCCGAUUAAUCAUCGGCUUGAGCGGAUUAGUGAGGAUCGAAGUUGUAGUCGAAGCCGAGGACAUGGUCUUUUCCAGCUACGGCAACUCGUCGUCGUUCUAUUUACCGCUAGACAGCGAACAGUCCGUACCGUUUUACAAAAACGAGAACUCGCUGUUCUCCCCGCAGCCGCCUUCUUCGGUGGUCUGCCGACGUAACCAAGACAACGCGACCAUGUCCCCCAACGAGCAGCCCUUUGGCAACAACAGCCAUGGCACGGUCGUCGUGGACGCAGUAUGCCAGGACUUUCAACCGGUGGCCCAUCUCAGCUCCAACGGUUACUACGGUUACGUGCCGCCGACGCCGCCGCCCAAGAUGAUGUCAGCCGUCGCUGUCAACGCGGGAACUGUCAGCGCCGUCCAAUUGGAUUGCCAAACGGAGGACGCCGCGAUGGAUUGCGGUGAAAUGGAAAAUUUCCAUCAACUUCAGCACCAGCAGCAUCAACGAAAGCGCAAAGAGUACGGCGAGGAAGCUACGCAGGCGACCAAACGACGAAAGACAUGGCUGGAGGAGGAGCAGCAAGCUGCAGCUUUCCCACAGUCCUUCGGUUGGAACCAGCUGCCCUACGCUUACCAGCACCAGCAAAUGGAUUGCACCACCGCGGAAACCGCCCCCAUGACCGUUGGUUCCUGCAACGGUUUCCAGAUCUCGCCAGCUUCCCCUCCGGUAGCUAUGGUCCAACCCACGGUUCAGCAGCAGCAAAUGACCCCGAAAAAUCCUCUGUUGGUGGACGGUGCUAGUGGCAAGCGUCCCCUGCUGCUAGGACGGUGGAACAUUGCCAUGCCCACGACCGGCUGUUCCGCCGUCCGGCAGUUGUCGGAAAAAUUGCACCACCAACAACAGUCCGUCAGCUUCGGUGGCGGCAGUGGCCAAGAGCUCGAAGAUCUGUUCGUGAGCUUGCACGGUUCCGGUUUCUUUUUGGCGGGCUAAUUUUCCUCACCUCUAACUUUUAGGAUUAGGCUAUCGAAGUACCUUACUAACAAAUCCCCCUUAAUAGCGCAUUGGUAAUUGAGCUUACCUUUGUAAAUAGUUUGGCCUAACCCCUGAAUUAUUUUAUUCGGUUCGAAAUCGAAACCAACUUCAGUUCAAAUAUUCGGUACACAUAAUUUGACCCUUUCCCCAUUAGGUUAAGGUUUUUAGAGAGACUUAGUAAAACACACACACACAUGUGCAGUGCAACUAGCAAUAACUGUUCUUUACUACCGCGCGAGUAGUAAAAUUUAAACGUUUAAAAAAGAUAAACGUAACUUUAUAUAUCUAGUUUGUAGUUUUGACCUUUAUACAAUCGUCGCAUUAACUACACUAACAAUGUCGUCGCGCUUUAAAUGAGUUUAUAUGAA